CAGCUUGACGACUGAAACCCUCAUUCCUCACUGGAGAGCAAUCAAGCUCUUUCUCACUCUCCUUUACAACAUUAAGAAGUCCAUCCCAUCCUAAGUCUGAGCCUCGAGAAACAGUGCCAUGUUGGUUUCAAAAUAUACUUUAACAGACACAACAUUUGUAUGACUUGCCUUUGUAUAAUCAGUUCAGUUCAAUUGUAUUUAUAUAGCACCAAAUUAUAACAUAAGUUAUUGCUUAUUGAUUUAAAACCCCUGGAUACCCCAGGGUUCUUGUUCCGCAGUGCAGUGUGACACGAAUAAGACACCAUGACAGAUGCUGUCUCUAGUCUGGCCUCCCAUUGCUUCCGGCACCAUAUGGCCUUUCUCAACCCAGUAUACUCCUCCUUCUAUGCCUUCAUUCACAUUACUUUCAGACUGAGCUUCUGCAGAUGUACAGUGUUUCUUGACCAUUUACUGUAUUUAUUUGUAGAUAUGUGUACAUGUCUUGCACAUUUGUACACAUUCUGAGCAUUAACCAUCUUAAAUAUAGUGAAAAUAUUUGUUUACCAGAGUCAUAAUAACUACUCUCUCUUCUAUUCUAUAAUAGGCUGAGCUGGCGAACAAACAUUGGCAAAAAGCAUAUUAUACAGUCAGCUUGCCUACCCUGUAAAUCACAGACUUACAGAUCAUCCACUCUGACAGGAGGGCUGAGGUGAGGUGAAGCUCCUUAUCGUCUUUAAGCAUCAUGCCUCAUACUCUCAGGUCACCAGAUCUAUUUAACAUUCUAACUUGAAAGGUGGCAGUGUUUUGUUGUCAGCAAUGCAGUCAUACUCGAACUAGUGUAUGAUGCUUAUUUUGAGUAGACAUCUUCACACAGCCCUACAUGACACCAAACAAAAUGUAAUUGUAACAAUAUUCCUUUUGCACACAAAUAUUUUUACCAGCACCUUUCACAUUAGGAUAAGCACACACUUUUGAAGGCACAUGAAAUGGAACAUAAUAUGUCUCUUACUGUUUUAAGAAUUUUAGAUGCUUAUAUUCGCAGCAAGUGACCACUGAGCACAGCAUUUGUUCAGUAGCCAUUAGGGCUAUUCUCCUACCAGUGCAAGUGUAUUACAGUUAUCUAAAUUAAAUAUGAGCUCUGAUUGGGCCCAUAUGCAGUGUCAGUGAUAACAUUUAAUACUUUCUAUUUCAGAUGUGGGUGGUGUGCAGCAGACCUGACACCUUGGUGUGAUCCCAGGCAGAAGGGGGUCCAAUGGCCACUGCAAGUUAUGACCCCCACCUGGGCGAAGGCCCAUCCGAGGACUCGGACAUCCUCCUGGAUGAUUCUGAUUCAGGGAGUCUACUUUCUGAAGACUCAGUCCUUCCUGACUAUGAAAGGAACGAACAGCAUACGGAGACGGCUAAAACGUUGUAUGAGGCCUGCGCUAAGAACAACGCCGCAUCCCUGCGCAGGAUCAUGGAAAGAGGAGUUACUAAAGACGAGGCCAUGGAACUGGACAUCAAUGGCAGGGAUGGGCUAAUGGUGGCUGUAGCCAAUGGAUACAUAGACAUAGUCACUUUGCUGCACACGUGUCCAUUCAUAGACAUCAACCAUCAAGACAAUGAUGGCAAUACUGCCCUCAUGAUUGCUGCCCAGGCAGGCUUUGUCACCAUUCUAAACUAUAUCCUUAACUACUACUCUGGUGUGGACACUGAGGUCAGGGAUCCCCGUGGCUUCACAGCCCUCAUUAAGGCAGGCCUGCAGGGCCGAGAGGAGUGUGUAUCAGCUCUGUUAAUGCAUGGUGCAGAUAUGAAUGCAAUGGACCUAGUCCAAGGGAGAGGUCUAAAGGAUUGGAUCCUUAGGACAGGAAGGUUUGAGACUUUUAAAAGACUACGGCACCUGCAGGCUCAUCCUGUCGCUGAGCAGUUCUGUGAAAGCUACGUUCCUGAGUGGCCUGAGCUGAAGCAACUGGUAGCAAAGGCCACGGGCUCCAAAACAGCCAGUCAAAAGCUGAGGCAGCGCUUAAAAGACAGCCUUUCUUUCAGCUUCCCUCAGGACCCGCAAGAAAAUGGGGUCAUGGACCAUAUGGUGCGGAUGACCACAAGCAUCCACAGCCCCCUGGUAGUCACUGGUUGCCGUCCACUCUGUCCUUCCAGCCCCCCAGAGAUUGGCAAGCGACGGUUUGCCGUUCCUGAACUGCUUGAAAAGCACAGUAGCAAGGAGCUGGAGGAGAGCACAGUGUCCCACAUUAAAGGAUCCAUCACCUCAUCUUCUCUCACUGCUGUGUCAACCACCUCUGUAUCUCUGACCUCCUGCUGCCAGAACUCAGAGCGCAGGGAAAGCAUGCCAUCAGGUGGCAUGAGAAGCUUCAUUCCCCGCAGCAUGGCACAUAGAAACAGCAUCUUCCCCUCAGGCUGUAUUCCUAAGAUUGAAGUGACAAAAUCUGGGGAGCCCACUCCAAAGAAAGAGAAAAAGAAGAAAAGGCAGAAGGGCUACCUGGAGCCUCCGAUGUGGAAGUACAAGGAGGCAAAGGAGGAGAAAAAGAGAGAGAAGAAGCUUCAGGAAAAGGAAAAAGAGCAAGAGAAAAAAUCUAAGGGGUCCAAACGUUCAUCAAGCAAAAAAUGAGGCAGUAUUCUCUUUUCCUCAAGGAAUUUCACUGUGAUAAUGUCAUGCAUGAGGGAUGAGCAUGUGACUACAAUAACUCUAAAGCCAGUUUUAACAGAAGAAAAAGGGAAGUGAGCAAUCAACAAUUAAAACUGACUGAUGGAUUUGAACUUUGGAUGGAUUUUUUUGGCUUAGUAUGAAAAAGAGAAAACUGGGGUGACUUGAAAUUGCUAGGUGUGAUUUAAUGCUCAGCAUCUUUGCAAUGCUGAAAAUAACGUUAACCAAAUGUUAUUUGGUUUUGGUGACAAGUCUUAGAAUGGCUUUUUCUUAUUGCAACUUCUAUCUGGUGGAUUGGUCGAGUCCGUCUCUUGGGGAUGCAAAGUUUUACUGAUCACGGACACCUGUAAUGACGUUAUUUAAUCUUAAAAAACACUGUCCAUUUGUGAGGAUUUUACUAAUCUGUAUAUUGUGAUCAGUUUCUAAGUAGCCUGUGGUAUUCAACUGCAAGAUAACCAAAGCUAUAGCAAAUAUUGUAUAUACAGUAUAUGUGAGUGAAUUUAUGCAAUAGUUAUUUAAGAAGACUGUGCCCUCUUGCACCACCAUCAGUCAAGAGGUAAACUCAGUUCAGGAAAUCAACAAUACAUCUGAUUUGCUCUGCUGACUGCCAUCUAAAUCUAUACAAAAGUCACUAAUGAGGCUGUCAUCGGUCCAGAGUUGAGAUCUCUUUUGAGAGCUCAUUUUACCUAUACACCAAACCAAUGCUGCUAUGUCAGAUGCAGCGUCUGAAGGAUGCUUUUAUUCCACAGGGUUUUGCUACUUCAGACAGUCCGGCCAUGAAGCACAAAUAAGGUUGUUGGCAAAGAUUCAGACACUGGAAGUGAAUCAUAGCAAUGUAAUACAUUUUCCAAUUAUGAUCAAAACUGUUCAGUCAGUAGACAAAUCCUACAGUCCCUCAAACACCACUACCAGGGCAAAGUUAAAAAGUGAUAUUUGAGCUUAUAACUCGUGAGUGAGGCUCAAAAUUAUAAUUCCUUGGUCAAAGUCCAUUUUGUAGCCUUUUACGAAUGAAAUCAAUCCCUAUUUUGAAUUUUAUCAAACACUCAAUUUCAUUCUUAUUCUGUAAAGGUUCUCUAAUCCUCUGCACUUUCCACUGUAUGCAACAUGUAGCAUCUACCAGAUGCCUUUAUUUUGUCUUUCUGACAGACUUUUAAUACUCCAUACUGUGUGACUGUUGCAUGUGAAUGAUGUUACAGUGAUAAUACAGAAAAAAAGGAACUGAGCCAUAUCUGUGACAUUUUGUCUGAUCAUGGGAAAAACUGCUCACUGGUAUCCUCAGUCUGCCUGUGCUUAAUGUACCAUGUUUGAUGGGCUUUUACUUUACCACCAGAAUUGCUGCUUGCAAUAUUUUUUAUACACCAAUAGCAGACCUUACAUCUGCAGAGGUACCUAUGCACAGCAAAGAAACCUUUUGCACAUAAUGUUACUCAGGAAAUCUUUUAUUAAUAAUAUGUGGAGCACUACACAUUAAGCAAUCUAUCUGGGCAAGGCAUUGGGCCAUUUUAAAAUGUUCAUGGUACUUGUGUUAAAAUCAUAACUAAUAACUCAUACAGAUGUAAUUUCAAUACAUAUUCUAAUUACAACAAAAUAUAUUUAAAUGUGUUGUCUAAAAAAAAUCCUAUUUAGAUACUGUUCUUACAAAAAUUAAAGACUUGAUCCUGGGGUUGUUUAUUAUUAAGUGGAGGCCAGAGACUCUGAAAGCUCAGGUGUUCUACAUCUUGUUAAAGUGUGAGACCUAUAAAAUGUGUGUUUGGUUGCAAGUUUGGAAUAA